ACCCAGCUGUGUCCCGAAGGCCAGGUUUGGGUGCCGAAAGGGUUAGGACGUGGCCAAACUGAUCCGGGAGCCCCCGUCCUUCUGGAUUUCACUUCCUAAGAGCCCUUGGGGAUGUGGUUUGCCAGGCUCACUUAGAAACGCGUGGCAUGGGCCUGGGAGAGCUGCAGAGACCGCUUGGGGACACCUGAACCGGGCCCCGGGUCCAGAGAGACACCCCAAACCCACCCACCCCUGGGAGGAUGCUAAGACACCCAGCUCACCCCUGGCCCCUGACUGCUGUCCCUCCCACCUCCAGCUUUGACCUGGACAAUGGGCCCUCAUGCAGCAGGGCCGCCCAGGCCCCGGGCUCCCACAGCCAGCGGGCAGAGCCCUUCCUGUACCCGUCAGACAGCGACUGUGAGCUGUCGCCAAAGGCCGAGUCUCGGAACUCCUCUGCCGCCAGCGACCUGUCCUGGCCAGUCCUGGUCCCCGCCCCUCCUUUUCCGCAGUUCAAGCGCGUGCUGAAUCGAGAGCUGAUCCACCUGUCCGAAACCAGCGGCUCCAGGAACCAGGUGUCCAAAUACAUCUCCCGGACCUUCCUGGGUGAGCUGCGGAGGAAGAAGGGUUACUUCCGGACCAGCACGCUGACGUGGAGUGCACCCGCGGCCCCUGUCCGAGACUGCCGGCCUCCGCGGGCUUCCAAGCCCGGCCUGUCUGCGGCCACCGUCCUGCGCUUCGGGGAACUGGAAGACACCAACAAGUGGGGCCUCAACGUGUUCCAAGUGGUUGAUCUAAGUGGGAACCGGCCCCUGACAGCCAUCCUGUUCAGCAUCUUCCAGGAGCGGGACCUGCUAAAGACAUUCCAGAUCCUAGUGGACAUGCUGGCCACCUACCUGCUGACGCUUGAAGGUCACUACCUCGCCGAUGUGGCCUGUCACAACAGCCUGCACGCAGCUGACUUGGCUCAGUCUGUGCAUGUGCUGCUGGCCACGCCCCGCACUCGAGGUACCGUCUUCACAGACCUAGAGGUCCUGGCUGCCAUCUUCGCCAGCGCCAUCCACGACGUGGUAGACCACCUUGGCGUCUCCAACCAGUUUCUCAUCAACACCAAGUCAGAGCUGGCGCUGAUGUACGGCGACAUCUCUGUGCUGGAGAACCAUCAUUUGGCGGUGGGCUUCACGCUGCUGCAGGCUGACAACUGUGACAUCUUCUGGAACUUGAACGCCAAGCAGUGGCUGAGUCUGCGCAGGAUGGUGAUUGACAUGGUCCUGGCCACCGACAUGUCCAAGCGCAUGAACCUGCUGGCUGACCUCAAGACCAUGGUGGAGACCAAGAAAGUGACGACUGGCCUCCUGCUGUUGGACACCUAUGCUGACCGCAUCCAGGUCCUGCAAAACUUGGGCCACUGCACUGACCUCGGCAACCCCACCAAGCCAUUGCCCCUCUACCGUCAGUGGACAGGUCCCAUCAUGGCUGAGUUCUUCUGGCAGGGCGACAGGGAGCAUGAGUCCAGCCUGGCCGUCAGCCCCAUGUGCCACAUGCACACAGCCUCGGUGGAGAAGUCCCAGGUGGGCUUCAUUGACUACAUUGCCCCUCUGUGGGAGACAUGGGCUGACCUGGUCCACCCUGACACACUGGACCUGUUGGAUACGCUGGAGGACAACAGGUCCUGGUACCGCAGCAGGGUCCCUUGGAGCCCCUUGGACAUGGGUGGCUCAGAGAAGGGGGCCCCCGACAGGUUCCCCUUUGAGCUGAUGCUGGAGGAAGCAGAAGAGGAGCAGGCUGCAGCUGCAGGGUGUCCGUAUGGUUAGCUCCUGUCCCCUCGGGCAGCGGGGACCGGCAAGGUUUUGAGGAGCUGACCAUAGACCAGGUGGGAAGCGUGAGGCUCAAGGCCUCAGCCUCUCAUCGGUACGGGAGGGCUGGCAUCCAGCAGGGCCGCCUUCCCAGCAGUUGCCCGGAGCCCAGGGUUCACCUGCUUCCUUUCCGUUUCCCUUUGGUGUGUUUGGUUUUGAACCCAGAGCCUUCAUGCCCAGCUCCA